AAACAUUAAAGAAUGACUCCAGUAGUGCAUCCAAAGGACAAAUGUGAAUUUCUGUGAAAUCCCCGGAGAACUGGCAAGAAGAGAGCAUGCUCAGUCUCUCCAGUGAAGCCAGUGCCCUUACCCUGAAGGUCAAUUCCGCUCGUUGAUGGGUAGGGGAAAGUGGUGCUACACCGGCGCCUUGCUUGUUCCUGCUUUUUCAUCCCGAGGCGUGCCUGAAGCGGGCUCCGCUAGUGCCUCCCUCCAAGGCCCACGAGCACCCCAGAGCAGCCACGUCAAAGAAAAUAUAUCAUAAUGGCAGCAGACUCUAUGGAGAUUGAUGAUGCUUUGUAUAGUCGGCAGAGGUAUGUUCUUGGAGACACAGCAAUGCAGAAGAUGGCUCAGUCCCACGUGUUCCUGAGUGGCAUGGGUGGGCUGGGAGUAGAGAUAGCUAAGAACAUCGUCCUUGCAGGAAUUAAGGCUCUCACUAUUCACGAUACCAAGCAGUGCAGGACAUGGGAUUUAGGAACAAACUUUUUUAUUCGUGAAGAUGAUGUUCUAAAUCUAAGAAACAGAGCUGAAGCAACGCUUCAUCACAUUGCGGAGCUGAACCCAUAUGUCCAGGUGACAUUAUCGACUGACCCACUAAAUGAAACUACAGACAUUUCGUUCCUCAGACAGUACCAGUGUGUUAUAGUAACUGAGAUGAAGCUUUCACUGCAGAAGAAGAUGAAUGACUUUUGCCAUGCCCAGCACCCACCUAUUAAGUUUAUAAGUGCAGAUGUGUAUGGAAUAUGGGCCCGUCUAUUUUGUGACUUUGGUGAUGAAUUUGAAGUUCUGGACACCACGGGAGAGGAACCAAAAGAAAUCUUCAUUUCAAAUAUAACACAGUCUAAUCCUGGUAUCAUCACCUGCCUUGACAAUAAUCCUCAUAAAUUUGAAACGGGACAGUUUGUAACUUUCCGGGAAAUUAAUGGGAUGUCGUGUUUAAAUGGAUCCACACAUCAAAUAACUGUGUUAUCACCGUAUUCUUUUAGCAUUGGGAAUACUUCAGAUGUGGAACCUUACUUACAUGGUGGCAUAGCUGUUCAAGUAAAGACACCUAAAAUAUUUCAUUUUGAACGGCUGGAGAAGCAGUUGAUUAACCCAACUUACCUUGUUGCAGACUUCAGCAAACCUGAGGCGCCUCUGCAGAUUCACAUUGCUAUGUUUGCCUUAGAUCACUUCCAGGAGAGUUUUGCUCGCAUGCCAAACAUUGGGUGCCUUCAGGAUGCUCAGGAGAUGUUGAAGAUGGCACUGUCAUUAAGUGAAACAUUGGAAGGCAAACCUCAAGUUAAUGAAGACAUCGUGAAAUGCCUGGCGAGGAUGGCUCAGGGAUCUAUAGCACCUCUCACAGCAGCACUUGGUGGUGUUGCUAGUCAAGAAGUCUUGAAAGCAGUGACAGGAAAGUUUUCUCCUCUGCAACAGUGGCUAUAUAUUGAUGCAUUAGAAUUAGUUGCAUCUUUAGAAAAAACCAGUGGUGAAGAAUUUCUUCCAAGGGGAGAUAGAUAUGAUGCAUUGAGGGCCUGCAUUGGAGACUCCUUGUGCCAGAAGCUGCACAGUUUGAAUGUUUUCUUAGUUGGUUGUGGUGCAAUAGGCUGUGAAAUGUUGAAAAAUUUUGCACUGCUUGGUGUUGGCACUGGCCAAGAAAGGGGUGUGGUUACAAUUACAGAUCCUGACUUAAUAGAAAAAUCCAAUCUAAAUAGGCAGUUUCUUUUCCGGCCACAUCACAUACAGAAGCCCAAAAGCUGUACUGCAGCUGCAGCAACGCUUAACAUCAAUUCUCAGAUGAAGAUAGAUCCAUAUCUUAACAAAGUGUGCCCAGGUACUGAGAAUAUAUACAAUGACGACUUCUAUACCAGGCAAGAUGUUGUUGUUACUGCACUAGACAAUGUUGAAGCAAGGAGAUAUAUUGACAGUCGCUGCCUAGCAAACCUGCGCCCUCUAUUGGAUUCGGGAACCAUGGGGACUAAAGGACAUACUGAAGUCAUUGUGCCUCACUUAACAGAAUCGUACAACAGUCAUAGAGAUCCACCUGAAGAAGAAAUACCAUUUUGUACUUUAAAGUCUUUUCCAGCUGCCACUGAGCAUACAAUACAGUGGGCAAGAGACAAGUUUGAAAGUGCUUUUUCACACAAGCCUUCCCUAUAUAACAAGUUUUGGCAAACCUAUCCAUCAGCAGAAGAAGUGUUACAGAGAAUAAAGUCUGGAGAGAGUUUAGAAGGUUCUUUCCAAGUGAUUAAGUGCCUCAGUAGAAGACCAAAAAGCUGGCCCCAGUGUGUUGAAUUGGCAAGAUUAAAAUUUGAGAAAUACUUUAAUCAUAAGGCCCUCCAAUUACUUCAUUCAUUUCCCCUUGACACACGAUUAAAAGAUGGCAGUUUAUUUUGGCAGUCACCAAAGAGGCCACCUUGUCCAAUACAAUUUGAUUUCAGUGACCCUUUGCACUACAGCUUUGUAUUGAGUACAGCAAAACUCUUUGCAGUAGUUUAUUGCAUUCCUGUCACAGAAAAGGAUAUGUCAGAAGAAACCAUUUUUAAGGUAAUUUCCGGGGUGAAGAUUCAAGAGUUCCGACCUUCUAACAAAGUUGUACAAACAGAUGAAACUGUGAGGAAACCAGAUCCUAUUCCAGUAAGCAGUGAAGAUGAGAGGAAUGCUGUUCUUCAGUUAGAGACUGCCAUAUUGGCUAACCAAGCUACAAAACAUGAUUUGCAGAUGAAGGAACUUGCUUUUGAAAAGGAUGACGACAGUAAUGGGCAUAUAGACUUCAUAACAGCAGCUUCCAAUUUGCGAGCCAGAAUGUAUAAUAUUGAGCCAGCAGAUAGGCUCAAAACAAAACGUAUUGCUGGGAAGAUUAUCCCUGCCAUUGCAACUUCUACAGCAGCUGUGUCUGGUUUGGUUGCUUUGGAAUUGAUCAAAGUUGUGGGGGGUUAUCCUUUUCAAGCAUACAAGAACUGCUUUUUCAACUUGGCCAUUCCAAUAAUUGUCUUCACAGAAACAGCUGAAGUGAGAAAAACAGAAAUCAGAAAUGGCAUAUCGUUUACCAUCUGGGAUAGAUGGACUGUUCAUGGAAAAGAUGAUUUCACGCUCUUGAACUUCAUAAAUGCUGUCAAAGAAAAAUAUGGAAUUGAGCCAACUAUGGUUGUUCAAGGAGUUAAAAUGCUAUACGUUCCCGUAAUGCCUGGGCAUGUCAAAAGGCUAAAGCUGACGAUGCAAAAACUUGUGAAACCAUCAGCAGAUAAGAAAUAUGUGGACCUCACAGUGUCAUUUGCUCCAGAAACAGAUGGUGAAGAAGACUUGCCAGGACCACCAGUUAGAUAUUAUUUUGCCCAUGAAGACAAUUGAUGCAAGUACUGUUCACAGUGUAGCAGGACCGCAUGGAAGUGUGGCAUCUGUUUAAAAAUAAAAGUGGUACUACAUACUUGGUGAAGCCUUAAUUCAGAUACGAACAGUAGAAGUUGGUAAACUGCACUGAGGAGCUCCAUAGCAAAUUGGAUUUGCAAUUUUGUCUGUCUUUAGCAUUUUCAUAGCUUUCUGUACCUAAAGAGGACUUGAAGCUUGCUGAACAGUAUGGUUCUUUUAAAAGAGAACAGAUUUGUAUUGAACUCUGCAGGAAGUCCAGAUUGGCAAACAGAAAAUCUUCAUUGCAGAAGCCAAGAAUUACAUGAAAUGGCAAUCAAGAUUUGGAGAAACUGCCAAUUUAAACCAUCAUAACUGAUUUUUUUUUCCCCUGGCAGUGUUUCACUGCAUUUUAUUCUUGAGCCAGUUCAUCAUCCUACUGAUGUUGUAUUACAAUAGCAUGACUCCUUUUUGUUUAUGUUGUUCCCUUUUGGAAGUGAUUAACCAUCGUUUUGCAACAUGCCCAGUGUGAAAACAUUGCUUUGGAACCGAUUCACAGUGAGAGAAAAGUUGAACUACUGUAAAGUUGUAGUUUUCUCUUUUCCAAUGUGUCUGUCUUUUCUUUUCUGUUAGACCCAAAGCAACACAGUCUGAAGGAAAUGCAAAUUCUAUUGUAGGCAUUUCCUCCCAAGAAAUAGAGUUGUAGGGACUGCCUUUUCUUUUCUGUUAGACCCAAAGCAACACAGUCUGAAGGAAAUGCAAAUUCUAUUGUAGGCAUUUCCUCCCAAGAAAUAGAGUUGUAGGGACUGCUUUUUCAUAGUUUUAAGGAAGCUGGAUAAAUAUUACUUUAAAGAUGCUGGAUGACUGGCCAACACCUUGGUUCGAACUGAAAAUACAAGUGUCAAGCUUUCAGCUGAAACAUAUCACAUCUUUCCUUCACAGAGCUUUGAGGUGAUAUUUAGCCGAGAGCCACAUACUCUUAGUAUAUUGUUUAUGUUAUGCACUCCAAAGCAAACUAGACAUUUGACAGCAGAUCAAUGUGAGUUUAAAUGUGUUAGUCUGCCCCAGCCACAUGGAAAGAAAGUAGGUGUGUGCAUGUGUGGGUCAGUGUAUGUCUCCAUCCUAUCUAACAGCAAAAGAGGCAUGCCAGUGAAGAGUGCAUGCUUCUUCCACCAACUACUUGCCACAGACUCUUACCCCAUGGCCCUCCUCUUAGCCAUGUUCACUUGCAGAAUUGGGAUUUUGCUAGGGAUGAAUGCACCUGGAGAGUGCAUCUGGACUGCAGAGUGGAAAGCUGCAAGCAGGAAGAUGGUUUAGCACCCCUUGCCCACACUCCCCCUUUGCAGUUAAAACUAUAUGCACAUGCACAUACACAUAGAUAUGACUGUGAUUGGUGCGGAUCUUAAUUUUAAGUUCAUAUCUACUGCCAUCAUAGCUAGUUUGUAGGGAUGUGUGAGCCGGCUUGAUUUGAAUCAAACCAGCCCAGUUUAGCCGGUCUGAGUUUGAACUGGCCCGGGAAUAUAUUGUAAAGGGAAAUUCCAUUUUAUAAGGUGGAGGUGAGUGGGGGGACACACAAGCAAAAGGGUACUUAGUACCUUCAAUUUUCAGGCAAUGACGGAGUCUCCAAAGACAUUUGGAGACUCCUCCUCCAAGCACCCCCAUCGGCUCCCUGAAGGCCCAGGCCAUCCACAAUUUGCAUGGUAACACAAAUGGCCUCUGCCCAUGGGCGGAGAACCAGGCUGCAGCUGGCCCGGCUGUCCUUCAGGAGGCCAGAGGGGGAGGGGGGGUUGGGGGCCCUGCUGCCACAGACUCGUAGACUCACCUGAAAAUAUACGGUACUAAGUACCCUUUCAGCUGUUCCUCCAGCCUUAUGAUAGAGAGUCCCCCUUUACUUGUAAAGGGGAAUCAUUACCAGGAUUGCUCUUUACAAGUAUAUUGCCGGACCCGACCCAGUUCAGCCAGACCCGGGACUGGGCCAGUUUGAAUCCAGUCCAGAUUCAAACCAAACCGGUUCCGUACACACCCCUACUAGUUUGACCCUCAAAUAAUACCUAUACGUAUCUUCAGACAUGAUUUUUCCAUGGAAGUCAGCCCCUAUCUUCGAAUGUUGUAAGAAUAGUUCUAGAUAUACAGAAUAUGUUUUUACAAGUAUAAAAUUGUUCAUCAUCUAUGGUAUUGAUUUCUGUAAGUGUAGAGUGAACUAAGCACUAUAGUUAGUCACAAUGGUAUUUUUGUAGUGCAUAAAAGUUCACCAGAAACUGAAAAGGGGAUACUAUUAUAGAAUAAUAAUUAACUCCCUUUGGUACCAGUGAGGAUAGGUGGUGUACAAAUUUAAUAAGCAGUUAAAUAAUCAGUAGGUUUUUAUUACCAUUCGUGCCAUAUUCAGCUUGUGCUAGGUUUUUAACUCCAGACUAGUGCUUAGCUGCUUGUAGAAUCUAGGAAAUUUCUCCUUUAAAAAAAAAAGUUAAAAACAACAUGUCCAAGAUGCUGAAAAUACCAUUAGUGCAAUUGCUUUGCCACUGGUACUAUUUGGUUGUGCAGAAGGCCUGUGGCACAAUCCAACUUUUGAAGGUGACCACAGCCAGGUGUGGACCUAGAAAUACUUAAACCCAAACCAAUAGACUUUGUGUUGGAUUGUAACCUCUGUGUGUCUGUAUUGCACAUUUCUUUUAAAACAACCCCCAACCCUCUUGUUACAGUCCUGUAAAGCAUCUCAGUACAACAUAUGCUUCAGUGCAAAUGAGUACAAAUAGUAUAGCUAUCUAAACUUAAAUAGAAUCCAAUACUAUUUAUAUGAACAUCCAACAUUAGGAGCGGUGAGAAAUAACUUCAGCUGUGGCAGUUUGUAUCAAUGGGUGGUAUAUUACAGAAGCAUUGCUGGCUUUCCUUGUGCACGUAGAUGGGUAUGCUGUUACUUUUGUAUUUUUCUUCUCUUCUAGAGAGGUACAAUCAACUUCAAACAUGUUUGGCUCUUUAAGGGUAAAAAUUGCUCCUAAAGUAGUUCAUCAUGAGAUAUCUGAUUAUAACAGUGUUUUAUUAUUUUCCUAGACUUUUAUGCAGAUUAUGACAUAUGGCUUGUCAGUUUUCCAAUUUCUGUAGGCACUUGAGCACCAAAGAUGUAUGUACUCUGUGAACUAAAACCCCAUAUCAAAAUUAUUCCAAUAUUUGAGAAUUAGUCUUAAAAUGUAGUAAAUCUUCUUAAGUUGUAUUAUAUUUUUCUACACAACACACAGUUUACAAUUUAUCAUUUGUUAUAAUUUCAUUUGAAAACCAGCUGGUUAAUUUAUUUUUUUAAAACAACUUAAAUAUUUUUAAAGGCAUUUAAGGGUUCAAUAUCCAGUGAUUAGAAGGGGAUGGGGGGCACUACAGAUUUGAUGGGUAUUGUCAUGCCAGUAAUAGAGGGAUACAUUUCAAAAGAAAUGUUUGGUUGAUUUUUAUCUUUUAUUUAAAUGGCUUUGGACAAGACAAACUACUGUAAAUGUUGAAAGACUUCGAGGAUGAGUAGUAAUAAAAAAAAGGACUGCUGUCAUGAACUUUCAGUGGGAUGUAAUGAGUGCUUUUCUGUUGCUGUUUUUUUUUUUAAACAAUCUGAGUACAGUCCCACCUUGGGCUUUGUGUCUCUGGAAUUACUAAUCAGUAUUCAUAAGUAGCAACAAGACUGCCUUUGCAUUUGCAAACCACAUUUGAUGUCAUACAUCAGUGGGCCUUGAAACCGAAGAACCUAUUCCAGCAAGUCUUCCUUACUGUAUAGAAACUUACAGAACAGGAGUCAGUCAACCCAACUUCUCUCCCCUUUUUGCAGCCCCUUUGUCAAUUUUGAGGAUUAUGCAUAGAUAAUCUGAGUGUGUUCAGUUUAAUUAAAUAAGGACUCUGUAUAUUUUCAGUUUUCCAAUAUACUUUGAAGUAGCUGUGGUUUUUGUGUACACAAAAUAUGAUGUAUAGUCUAAGGAGUUAUGAUAACUACUUUUUGUCUUUUUCGUAUUAAAUAAUUUGAAAACAUA